AUGGUUGGUAAAGAAAAGGGAUUUUUUAAGAGAAUCAAGGAUAAGAAUGCUGAAAUACUUUCAUAUCAAUGUAUAAUUCAUCAAACAUCCCUGUGUGGCAAACUUAGUACAACACUGAAGGAAGUAAUGGACAUAAUGAUCAAGUUGAUUAAUUUUUUGCGGUCCCGAUCUGCUCUUCAGCACAGGCCGUUUAAAGAUUUUUUAUUUGAAUGCAAAGUGAUCGAACGUUUUUGGAGUAUAAAAGAAGAAGUAAUCACGUUCUUGGUAUACUUGGAUUCAGUAGAAUCAAAACAGUAUCAUAAAUUCUUAACAAAUGAGAGCAAUAUGCUAUCUGUGGCAUUUUUAAAAGACAUUCUUGGAUAUUUAAAUGUACUUAAUACUGAGUUACAAGAGCAAAAAAAGUUAAUUUGUGAUUUGAUAUCAAGUGUAUCUACAUUUCGACGAAAACUUGAAAUCUUUGAAGAAUAUAUGAAAAAUCAAGAUUUUAUUCAUUUUCCAACAAUCCUAGAAUAUAAAAAGACUUCCGAUAUAGACUGCAGUAUGUUUUUAAGUUUUUUAUCGGACCUUGGUGAAGAAUUUGGUAAAAGAUUCAAAGACUUUGCAGAAAUUGGAAAACUGUCUCAAUUUUUAAAAAAUCCGUUUGAAGUUUCUCCAACUGGAGAAUGA